AAGGUCAACCGCCAUUAUUUCAUUCAUUCUCAUGUGUGUCACAUUUUGACACAUUUAUACCGAUAUCUUCACAAAUAAAGAACAUUUUCACAAAAUUUUCAGGUGAACAUUUUCAAUCAUGAGUGUGCUACAAAGAAUAGCUGAGAUCGAGGCGGAGAUGGCCAGAACCCAAAGAAACAAGGCUACCAGUGGCCAUCUUGGACUUCUGAAAGCUCGAUUAGCCAAGUUACGUCGAGAGUUGAUAGAGCCUAAAGGUGGCGGUGGAGGAGCUGGAGAAGGCUUUGACGUUGCAAAAACCGGAGAUGCCAGAAUAGGAUUUGUAGGUUUCCCAUCUGUAGGCAAGUCCACUCUUUUGAGUAACCUGGCUGGAGUUUACUCUGAGGUGGCAGCAUACGAGUUCACCACUCUUACCACUGUACCAGGUGUCAUUCGUUACAAGGGAGCAAAAGUACAGCUUCUAGAUCUGCCAGGUAUCAUUGAAGGAGCCAAGGACGGGAAAGGUCGAGGGAAACAGGUUAUUGCGGUGGCCCGUACAUGCAGUCUUAUAUUUAUUGUACUUGAUGUCUUAAAACCUUUACAACAUAAAAAGCUUAUUGAGCAUGAAGUAGAAGGUUUUGGAAUUCGACUCAACAAAGAACCUCCUAAGAUAGGGUACCGGAGAAAAGAAAAGGGAGGCAUAAAUCUUACAAGUACAGUGACGCAAAGCGAACUUGAUUUGGACCUAGUAAAAACAAUACUUAAUGAAUACAAAAUCCACAAUGCAGAUAUCACCUUGCGUAGUGAUGCCACAUCUGAAGACCUGAUUGACGUCAUAGAAGGCAACCGAGUCUACAUCCCUUGUAUUUACAUCCUCAAUAAAAUAGAUCAGAUUUCUGUGGAGGAGCUUGAUAUUAUAUACAAAGUGCCCCACUGCGUCCCUAUAUCAGCACAUCAUAAAUGGAACUUUGACGAUCUGCUAGAAAAAAUGUGGGACUACCUCAAACUUGUAAGAAUAUACACCAAACCCAAAGGCCAGUUGCCAGAUUAUGAGUCACCUGUUGUCUUGAAAGCAAGUGCUGUGUCUGUAGAAGACUUCUGCAAUAAGCUCCAUAGAAGCAUCAUGAAAGAAUUUAAAGUGGCCAUUGUAUGGGGAUCAUCAGUGAAGCAUCAGCCACAGAGAGUAGGCAAGGAUCAUCUAUUACAAGAUGAGGAUGUCGUACAAAUUGUCAAACGGAUAUGAGGAUAGAAUGCUUAAAAAAUACACGCAAGAUUAAUGAACUGUGAAACUGAAUCUUCCAAUAAGAAACCUUCUGGUCUUAAAGACUCUGAUGCAUUGCAAGCAACUUAUAUCAAAGAUCUAAGAUAGUAUUAACAUGGAGACUUUAAUAAACACUUCUAAGUUGUUCAUAUUGUAAUCUACUUACGGGUUAAACUGGAAGUUCUCUUAUGAAAGAAAGAGUGUUCAGUCAAUGACUAAGAAGUGAAAGGACUUCUGAAAACCAUCAUGGAAUUUUGAAUGGAUUAUUUUAAUAUCA